AUGGAAAAUAGUUCAUUGGUGAAUGUAUCGUUUUUUGAGGAUCCGGGGGACAUGUUUAAUGGAAUAAACGGAAAUAAAACUCAAAUGUUAGUAAAUAUAUCCGCGAUAAAAAAGCAAAACAGUGUUGUCGGCAGCAGCAUCAUGUUCAGCAUGGGCGUGUUUGGGAACGUGCUUGCGCUUAUCGUGCUUUACAGGUCCCCGGGAGACCAGAAACGGAAAUUGUUCUACAGACUGGUUGCCGGUCUAACGAUUACUGACCUUGUUGGUACAACCAGUCUGAGUCCGUUAGUGAUUGCUACGUAUGUCAAUGAUUUCAAAUGGAUCGGUGGAAUUCAUGUAUGUAAAUACUUCGGAUUUAUGAUGGUGUUCUCCGGAGUGGCAACAUCAACAAUAGUGUGUUUAAUGGCCAUCGAAAGGUUGAUUUCCAUAAGACAUCCUUAUCUGUAUUACGCUCGACUUCGCAAGAAGCAUGCUACUUAUUUUCUUCUCAGCGCCUGGACGUUUGCAGCGUCAGUUGCGAGCUUGCCUCUAAUUGGUUUUGGAGAAAUAGUUCUGCAGUAUCCGUACACUUGGUGCUUCAUAGACUAUUAUACCGACAAUAACACCGAUCGAGGAUAUAAUUGCUUGUUCGCAUUCCUAGAACUCCUCAUGAUUACAGUAACGGUUACGUGUAACUGUAUAGUACUGUAUACGCUGUUACGCACAAAGAUGCGCGGUCUGUCCGGCCGGAAGAAUAGUUUCACGGACUCCCGGACGUUCUCCGGCUACUCGCGGCGCUACGCGGAGUGUCAGAUGGCGGUGCUGCUGAUUGGUAUCACAGUGGUGUUCAGCUCAUGCUACUUUCCACUUAUUAUUCGAAUUGUCCUCAACCAAACCAAGCUACUUCCUGUGAACAUGCGCACUGAUCUGCUCAUUAUCCGCUUCGCCUCGCUCAAUCAGAUCCUUGACCCCUGGGUUUACAUCUUGCUACGACGCGAGGUCGUCUCGCGUCUCAUUUUCACAAUCCGUAAACUCGUAUCUCCCAAACACAAGGAUGCACAGGUUCGAACCUUCCGCCGACAAGACUCUGCGUAUUCCGCCAGGGACUCAAAUUACACGUGUUGUAUUUUCUGUUUUCAUUGUUUAUGUGAUCCACCCCUUCAAAGACGUGAUAGCACAGUAUCCGGGAAUUACGGUAGCGACUUCAUGUCCGGUUCAAUGUCUCCAAGACUUCCAACAAACAAGUUCGCUAUUGGGGUGAUCCGAACUGUGAUGAUUCCGAAUACCAGUAAUGACUCACCCGCCGCUUUAGCUAAACGCUCGCACGUUAUCGCAGGCCUAAAGCGUCAAGCAUCUGUUGAUUUAGAUAUAAUAAGUAACCAGCCUGAUAACCCAUGUGAUCCUUUAAUGAAACCGUUUGAUUCUAGCUACAGUGUUGCAGACUGCAUACUCAGGUAUUCAGACAACAUACGUAGUGAUAAACUAUUGACUAACAUAGCCGAAGACUCUGUUCGUGAAGAUAUGGGCAACCUGUAAACAUUCCCUGCCUAA